CUGGAGCGGCGGGGCCGGGAGCAGCGCGCAGGGAGCAGCCUGGCAGGGAGCAUUUUUCCUGCUUCCUCCCAGCCCGGUUGAAGCCGAUGGGAGCGCGAUCCGACGGAGUUUGGCUGCGGCGAUUUCCGGUGGUGUUUUGUUGUGGGUUUUAUUUUUCUCCCCCAUUCCCUUCGCACCCCGCCAGCACUUCUUGGCUCCAUCCCAACCUCGAGCUCUGACCUCCCCGCGUCCUUCCCUCGCCCAGCGGGAUCCGUCCCCAGGCGGCCCCGUCCCGUCCCACCGCCCCCUCCCAUGCGGCUCCAUCGCUGGGCCAUGCGGGCUGUGUUUGUACACAGAUGAGCAACAGCUCGGCGCCAGCGCGGCAUCGCCCAGCCCUGCGCCCGGCCGCUGUCCCCGCGGUGCAGGCAGGAAGCGGAGAGACGGUGCAGUUGGGACACCCAUCCUGAGCUCAGAGCCAUCGCCACGGGGCAGCCACAUCCCCACCACUCCCGGUGCCAUCCCCAGGGCAGGGAUGUGAGGCACCGUCCCACGGAGCCGCAGUCCCGACGGCGCGAUGCUGAGCCUGAAGCUGCCCCGACUGCUCAGCAUCCACCAAGUGCCUAAGGGGUACCAGGAGCAGGGCAUCCUCUGUGGGUACCGCCCCCCGAGGAUCUCAGCAGCCGACUGCGUCCUCAGCGCCUUCCAGAUGACCAACGAAACACUCAACAUCUGGACCCACUUCCUCCCUGCAUGGUACUUUGUGUGGAUGCUGGUGGGGCGGCUGUGGGGGCCGGGGGGCCGGGACCCCCCUGCCUGGCCACUGCUUGCCUACCUGCUGAGCUGCUGCAUCUACCCACUGGCCUCCAGCUGUGCCCACACCUUCAGCCCCAUGUCGGCCCGUGCCCGGCACAUCUGCUACUUCUUUGACUACGCGGCGCUCAGCAUGUACAGCUUGGGUUCUGCCCUGGCGUAUUCAGCGUAUGUGUUCCCAGAAGAAUGGGUUGGUAGCACCUUCCACUGCUGCUACGUCCCCGUUGCAGUGUUCAACACGGUGCUGAGCACCAGCCUGGCCUGCUACUCCAGGUUCCUGGAGCUGGAGCGGCCGUGGCUCAGCAAGGUGUCCCGCACGCUGGCCUUCGUGUACCCGUACCUCUUCGACAGCAUUCCGCUCUUCUACAGGUUCUAUCUGUGUGCGGUGCGGAGCUGUGCGGAUCCCACAGUAGCUGCCCACUACAGGCACACGGCCUUUGCCUUCCUCACCUGCUUCAUCUUCGCCACCCACCUGCCCGAGAGGCUGGCACCGGGGCACUUCGACUACAUCGGGCACAGCCACCAGGUGUUCCAUGUCUGCGGCAUCCUGGGCACGCACUUCCAGCUGGAAGCCAUCCUGAUGGACAUGAGUGAGAGGCAGGCACGGCUCCCAGCCACGUCGCUGCUGCAGGCGCUGGCACCCAUGGGCACCUGCAUGGCCGUUGGGUUGGCGGUCAUUGCACAAUGCUCUGCUCAGCUCUGCCGGGCACCAGAGCCCUCACACAGGGACAAGCUGCAUGGGCAGUAGGGCACCCGGUCUGUAGGAUGCGGGGUCCUGGUUUGCUGCUGUAACAAGACAGAAGGUGGACAACUGAUGUAUGGGGUGAAUGCAGCUCUAUGGGAAAUGCUUGUUGGCCAGUCCUUGAGGGUGAAACAUAUUGCACUGGUGUUUGUACAUAUGGCUUUCAGGCUGGGGAUGGGUUAUGAAAUGCUUUUAAUCGAGCUGAUAUUUCAUCACAGGAAAUAUUUAUAAUAAUCUUUAACGUUCUUUUUUUUUUUUUUUUUCCUCAUAAGGGAGAUAUGUGCCAAUGCUUUCCAGAGCAACAGGCAUUCACCAGUUCCGCCUUAUGGAGGGGCACUGGUGUCCUUGCUGUCAGGGAGAGUGGUUUGAAACUGAGAGAUGUGGUCAGACGUUAGGGGGAGAUCCUUUACCCAACAGCAGUGAGGUGCUGGCACUGCUGCCCACAGCUGAGCUUGCCCCAUUGCUGGAGGUGCCCAAGGCUGGAGAUGGGGCUCUGGGUGACCUGCUCAACACCUCCAUGGCAGCAGGUUUGAACUGGGUGUGCUUUGGGGUCCCAUCCACCCCAUGCAUUCUGUGAUCCCACAAUCAGCAGCAGAGUCUCACAGCAGGAUGUGGACGCUGUGCAGGUCCCGGGGCUGAGCCCAACAUUCCUGGUGCUGGGGGUAUAACCCCAACUAUCUGACACUCCACUCAAGUGCCUACCCAACAUGGGGCUGGGGCAGACCACAGCCUGCCUUACAUUCGUUUCAAGGCAAUACCCAGGGCACCUCUGUUCUGUGUGUGUCAAGCAGCCUUCCCAAGGGUUUGGCUUCUCCAAGAACACAUGGAAUAACUCCUCAGGGCUUUGAGGCUGCUUGUCACUGGGCUGUUACUUGGUGUCACCCAGCACCUCAGACGUGAUGCAGUGAUGCCUGUGGAGCACUAUCUCUCAGUAACCAUACGGGUGUAUAACAGGCUUUGUGUGUAAUUACCUCUUGGAGGUAGAAGAUGCACUUUGCAGUGACAAGAUAUGACGGGGCUACUAAGUCUUCUGGUAACAAACUCCUUUGAAAGCUGAUCAAUGUAUUAAUAUAUGAGCACUGGAACGUAAUUGAUUGUUCAACACCAAGAGAGGACACUAACAGGGCGACGGCACUGAUGUAUUUGUAUGUACAUCAAUAUAAAUCUAACCUGAUUUGAUUCUGUUUCUGCCUGUGAACAUAACAGCUGUGGAGAUGGUUGUUAAUAAUUGUAAAGCUUAUUUACCUCGA